GUGCCAUCCGCGACAUGCCCGGCAGGGGGUAUUGCAUCUGCAGAGGUGCGGACACUCCUGACCAGCAAGCAGCCAACAACGGCUGAAAGGAGCCGCUGGAAUGGGGAUGGAAAGGAGACCGCACUGGACUACGUCGCCCGCGCUGGCAUUCGGGAGCACCUCCUCUCCGCAGUACGUGCCGUGACCCGGGAGCAGCCCGAGGACCCGCUUACCUUCCUGGCGCGCUACUUGCAGGCCUGCGGCCGUGACGCCGCACGCGUCGAUGGUUCGGCGCAGGGCCAGGCAGCAACGGCCUCGGUCGAUCGGCAGCAGUCAGCUCGCUGCCUACUCAGCCAAGUCUACGUGCGAGUCUGCAAGAAGUCCGCAGAGAUGUCCUCCUCCGAUGGCGAUACGCAUCUCUAUGUCAUGCGCUUGGUCGAAAAUGUUUGCAGGAAGGCCGGUCCGCCCAAUGUUGGGCAGCUGCAGUCGGGAGUUCCCACCACUCAGUACACCGUCGACGAGUCGCCGCAGUCUCUAUCAGCUGUGCGCCGCGCCACGGUAAGCUCGCUGAUGGACCGAGCUGUCGAAGAGGUUGCACCACCGGGAUUCUGUGCAGCCACCCCUGCGGCCAGCAUCGUGGCGACCGAGGCGUCCUUUGGGGAGCGUGCCCCUUCUCCUUUCCUUGGCGGGCCGGCUCCGGUGCUGCGAGGGGAGGAGGGCACCACAGGGGCGCAACAUCUUUCCGGCUACAGCAGCCCCAUGCAGGAGAGCAUGAAGGAGGCUCUCGAGCUCCUGCGUGCCGGUCAUGGCCUUGGACCGCGCUUAGGGCUAGACCCGCUCCACGCUGCUGCGCAGCAUGGCGAGACCGAAGUCGUGUCGCUCCUCUUGGCUUCCAAGGCGCAGGGGGACGGUACGUCCCUGACGACUGCCGCCCGCUUCGGGCAUGCCGAGGUCGUGCGGCAGCUGCUUGGGUCUGGAGUCGGUCCAGAUGCAUCAGAUGCCGGCUUUGCUGCCUUGCACGACGCGGCCUUCGAAGGCUCUCAAGUCACUGCUUGGCACACCUCGGUUGUUGCUGUGCUGCUGGCCGCGCGCGCGGAGGUGGACAUCGCAGCCGCAGAUGGUGCCACCCCACUGCACCUGGCAGCUGUUGCAGGUAACGACGACAUCGUGGCCCUGUUGGUUGAGGCGGGCGCUGAUUCAGCACUCACUGCCGGGCCCCAGCAGGCCACCGCGCUCCGCCUCGCGGCCAGCCGGGGUCACGUGUCCGUUCUCCGGGCUUUACGCCAGCAGAGAGUCGAAAGCACCGCAGUGAGCGAGCCUUUGCUAGGGCAAGUAUAG